UCCGUGUCCUUGUUAGCACGUAGUUGCAUUCACGCUGCCCAUUAAAAACAAAAAUGGCAAAAAUAAGUAAAGAGACCAAACAGCGGUUACAGCAGCUGUUCCAGUGCGGACAAUUCGUUAUCCGAUGGGGUUUUAUUCCUACCGUGCUGUAUUUGGGCUUCAAACGAGGAGCAGAUCCAGGAAUGCCAGAGCCUUCCGUCUUGGGUUUACUUUGGGGUUGAGGAACAACAAUGUCCACAUCAACAACUCCCUCCUGAACACCAUGACAACCACCUUGCAUUGAACAUUUAUUUUUCCACAUUCUGCUCUGAAAGUCAUGAUUCAUUCAGUAUGUUAAUUCAGUCACAGAUAUUUAUUUGUUGUUGUUAUGACAUUGUCUUUUAGUCUGCCCUGUGUUCCAUGUUUGUGUCAAUAAAUGUCUGACAAUAGA